GUAGGAUGGAAAGCUGCUGAAGAGGUAUGGUCUUAGUGAAAAACGGGUGUAUAGUCUGUGUGGUUAUUUGCCAAAAAAAACAUCCCGAAUUAGUACAAUAUCUGUUUCAACACACAUCUUGCAAAACAAAUUCAGAAAUGUAUAUAUUAACAGUUGUUUCAGAAACUAUUAAUUCACUGUAUUGCCCUGUCUAAACUUUUUGGGGGAUAUGGAUUGAAACAUUGCUCAUGUCUGACCCGGUUUUUUAAGCCUCUCCACCGAAGAUUCUUUGAAGAGUUGAUGGAGCAGCACUAGAAGAUGUCGUUAGCACCAAAACUUGUGUGUCAUGUUAACAGGAUCCACUAUAUAUCACUCACCUCUCUACUCCUUUCACCGAGGGCAGCAGCUAUCAAAACAUCACAACCCAUUUUUCCAAAUGUACUUCCUGUAUCGAGCAGCUGUACUUCCAAGUUACUGAACUGUCAACUGAGUACAUCAGCUUUAUUAUACCGCUUCAGCAGUGGUAGUGGUAGCAGUGGCAGCAGUAGUGGUGGUGACAACAACAACAACAAAGACAACGUCACCGGUGAGGGCAGCGGCGCCAGUGGGACCAUUGGUCAAAGUGGCAGUGGUAGUGGCCGUAAUGGAAGUGAUGUGCACGGCAGCAGUGGCAAGAAUCGUGGGGAUAGAGUUGGACCCAGUGGUGCUGGUUCUUCUGGUGGUGGAAGUACCACCGGUGAUAAGAAAGGAAAUCAGUUGUGCUGCCCCAAAUGUGGAGACCCUUGUACACACGUUGAAACAUUUGUAUCUUCAACCAGGUUUGUGAAAUGUGAAAAAUGCCAUCAUUUUUUCGUGGUCUUGUCCGAAACGGAUUCAAAGAAAAGCUUUAAAGAAAGCAAAGAAGAACGCCAAGGUCCAGCUCGAAGUCCUCCACCUGCACCUAAAAAGAUCUAUGACUAUCUGGAUAAAUAUGUUGUUGGCCAGGAAUAUGCCAAGAAGGUCCUUUCUGUUGCUGUCUACAACCAUUACAAACGGAUCUACAAUAACCAACCUCCACCGUCUCCCUCGGCAUCUAAAAGUAACCAGGAAGUAGCAUCCACGGUGGAGAAUUCUCGGCAGUUUCCCAAUACAUUCACCCCAAGAGAUUUAUUACAAAUUGCUGUCACUGGUAGUGCUUUGGGCCCAAGUCUACAACAACAACAGCAGCAGCAGCAACAACAGCAGCAGCAGCAACAGACCCAACAGCAGCAAACCCGUGAGGGUGCACAUGGCUCUGGUGUCCUUGAUUCGAACUCCUAUGAUUUCAAAUUAGAGAAAAGUAACAUACUUAUGUUUGGUCCCACUGGUUCAGGUAAAACAUUGCUGGCUCAGACAAUUGCCAAGUGUUUGGAUGUCCCAUUUGCUAUCUGUGAUUGCACCACACUUACUCAAGCAGGAUAUGUUGGUGAAGAUAUUGAAUCUGUGGUUGCCAAACUUCUCCAAGACAGCAGCUACAAUGUAGAGAAAACUCAGCAGGGAAUCAUAUUUCUUGAUGAAGUGGAUAAAAUUGGUAGUGUUCCAGGCAUCCAUCAACUGAGAGAUGUUGGAGGAGAGGGAGUUCAGCAGGGUAUGUUGAAAAUGCUGGAAGGGACUAUUGUCAAUGUUCCUGAAAGAAACUCUCGGAAACUCCGUGGAGAAACCAUCCAGGUGGACACAACCAAUAUUCUGUUCAUUGCUUCUGGUGCUUUCAAUGGCCUUGAUAGAAUUGUCAACAGGAGGAAAAAUGAAAAGUAUUUGGGUUUUGGAGCUCAUUCUGUGAGUCAGGGUCGACGUGCAGCCACCGCCUCCGACAUGAAGAACCAAAGCGAGAGCAACAACACUGCUGCAGAUAACGAGGAACGCGAUGCAUUAAUCCGUCAGUCAGAAGCACGGGAUCUGAUUGAGUUUGGUAUGAUCCCGGAAUUUGUGGGUCGCUUCCCCGUUGUCGUACCAUUCCACAGUCUCAACGAGGAUAUGCUGGUACAGAUCCUUACAGGUCCACGUAAUGCACUCAUUCCGCAGUACAUGGCUCUCUUCAGAAUGGACAAUGUUGAUCUUAUAGUUGAAGAUAAUGCCCUGAGAGCCAUAGCGCAGCUGGCUUUAGAAAAGAAGACCGGCGCCAGAGGGCUGAGAGCUAUAAUGGAAUCCAUCCUACUGGAACCAAUGUUCCAAGUACCAGGUUCCAAUGUGGCAUCUGUUCUCAUCAGUGACACAGUGGUGCGUGGAGGAGAAGAGCCCUCAUAUAUCACCAAGGAUGUCAACUGUACAGAAGACAUGGAAGAGGACGGCAGCUAUGAGGAGGCAGAAGAGCUGACAGUCAGAAAUCCGUAGGCUCUUUUUACCAAACGAUGCCGUCGUGUCCGUCGACUUGAGGAAUGUAGU